UUCAAGAUUUUUGUAAUAAAAAUCAAGAGGUGGUCAAUUAUCAUAUCAUAUGCAAUUAAUACCACGACAUCUUUCAUUCCAGCAAAGCAAUUUAUUACUCUUCUUGAAUGACAACCAUUCAUUUCAUGAUAGUUGCAUAACUUUAUAAAUAUGAUGGUAGACACAUUAACAAACUGAACAUUUCAUAUUUCCACCAUGAAAGAAAAUCCAUCUAUCAGUGUGACCAUUCUCUUAGCAUAUUUUAUUCUAACCAUCGGAGGAAAGGAAGUAAAGUGUAUAACACAAGAAAAAAAUACUAGCGCGAUCCCAUUAAAUCAAAAAGUCAAUAAGACUAUUCUGGUUGACGGAAGCGAUGUUUACGACUGCAUCGAUGUGAAUCUACAACCAGCCUUUAGCCAUCCACUACUCAAAGACCACAAGAUCCAGAUGGAACCAAGCUCUUUCCCACUAAGUACUUCUACCAAAUCUCCGUUAAUGGAUGCCAUCCCACAAGCCCAAUUGGCCCUGAUUGAGUGCCCUACAGGAACGAUUCCAAUAUUACGCAACAAAAGAAGGGUCCACAUGCGAGUAGAAACUAUUGGUAAAGUGAUUAGCCAGGAUGAACAUGAGGUUGCAGGAAUAGAGUAUUUUGAUGUGAUAUAUGGGACGCAGGCUAAAAUAAAUGUCUAUAAUCCUAUGGUGAAGAAUAAUAGUAAGGAUCUAAGUGCAUCAUGGAUACAAAUUAGUAAGGUACAAAAAGUAGGUGUUGCAGAUGGGAUAGGGGCCGGUUCUUGGGUAUAUCCAAGCUACAGUGGCAACAACUUUGCUAGGUUUCAUGUUGCUUGGCUUGAUGGCUUAAAGACUUGCCCUGAUCAUGAUUGUGGCGCUUUUGUGCAAGUAAGCUCAAGUGUUGGUCUAGGAGGAAGAUUUAAACCAGUUUCUGUCUAUAAUGGACCACAAUACGUCAUAGAUGUUGUUAUUUUCAAGGACCCAAAGACUAAAAAUUGGUGGGUGGCUUAUGGUCCACAAAACAUACAUAUUGGAUAUUGGCCAAGGGAAAUUUUCCAUUUCAUGAAGGAUCAAUGUAAUUAUGCAUUAUGGGGUGGAUAUGUUCAAGGACCAACGGCCUCAUCACACUCUCCACAAAUGGGUAGUGGUCAUUUUGCUUCAGAAGGAUUUGGAAAAGCAGCGUUUGUGAGUAAUAUCCAAAUUGUAGAUAAUGAAGGCAAGUAUGUUAGUCCAAAUGACAAGCAAAUUGGUCUUGUCGCCACCAAUUUAUCCAAAUAUACUGCGAAGGCUCAUGGUUAUGGAUAUAGUCACUAUGGUGUGCAUACUUACUAUGGUGGACCUGGUGGUUUUGUUUGAAUAUAUAUAUAUAUGUAUAAUUAUUAAUAAAGUUUCCGUAAUCUAAUUAAUAUUUUGACUUGAACAAA